AUAGAUUUUACACAUGUAAAGGAUAAUGUUGCCACGGUAGUAACGGGUCGAGGUCAAACAGUAGAAUGGAGAAAUAGCAGUGUUACUGUAUUUGAGAAAGAUAAGGAAGGCAAGGAGAAACGUACGCGGCUACCUCAUAAUGAAAAUGGAGGAAUAAUAGUUGAAGAAGGAUGGGAGUUGUACAUUGCGAAAGGAAAAUUCGUAGAGUUCGAUUGA